CGGCCUGGAUACCUGGGUGAAGCUGACGGGCGAGUCGCAACGGACUUUUAAAUGCCUGUUCGCCGAAUUCAAGAAGAGUUCGCAUUUCCCUCUACUAACCCCGCUUUGCGUCCGGAAGAGACAGUCGCAAAGAACGAGCUGUCUGCAUUCUUCGCGACAGGUGGACCUCUCCCGGUCUCGUACCUGAACACCCUUCGAGGCAUUCUCCAAGUACAUGCAUCUAUCCAUAAACGAAGUAGGCAUCCCCACCGCCAGGGAUUUUAACAUGGGCACGCUGAACGGAGAUCAGUACGCCAGAGCGACCAUCAACCCCAAGGGCGACACAUGCAGGGGCUCGAGGGCUUCGUUGUUGGCGAGUGAGGCCCUGCACCCCAAUUUGGUGGUCCUGCGAGGCGCUCUGGCAAAGAAUAUCAUAUUCGACAACAACUCGUCCACGCCCAAGGCUACCAGCGUGCAUUUCAGCUCUCCAUUCGGCGUCAAGAUGGGCACCGCCAAACACAAAGUCAUCGUAUCCACCGGUGCUUUCCAGUCGCCGCAGCUGUCCAUAGUGUCCGGUAUCAGUCCGCGUGAACAGUUCACCGCGAAAGGCAUCCCUGUCUUGAUCGAGAGUACCAACGUUGGACAGAACAUGCAAAGCCACAUCUUCGUAGGCCUCUCGUACGAGGUCGACGGCAGCCUCAACACUUUCACCUAUGCAGCUAGCGAUCUUGUCUACUUGCCGCGCAAAUUUCAAUUUUUACUCUCGACUAGCCCAGUCCCUUCACGAUUGAGGCGCAUUGAGUUCCACUCACUCUUCCGUAGUUUUCAUGACGAUAUUAAACUGCUUGCACAUCCUCUGACGAGGUUGCCGACAUGCUCGUUUGGGUGCACAACCCCGACUGGACCCUUUUCGAUCGGAGCCAGCAUCCUACCUGCGCUACCGGCCCUACAUUGAACACUUCCGUGACCCUGGCUUCGUCGGGAAAUCACCUCACUGCUGAUCAAGAAAUUCAAGGUAGGCCAUACUCCGCACGAAGCAGUACGUCACCAUCCUCGCUUCCCCCGUCGUCCUCCACUCUCAUGGCAUGGUCACACUCAGGCGGCCGUCUACACG